GAGAAGCUACGCUUCUGCCCGUGCGACCGUGUAGCAAGCACGCCGAGCAUAGACUCGACCACUAGACACAGAUAUCGAUUCGCGGAGCUCGUUGUUUCAAGGCGGGAGUACAGCGAGGAGCUAUUGUUGCAGGUGUCCGUCUGCCUUCUAGAAGCGUCGACAUGACACCGCUGGAUGCUGACGACAACGGCAACAUAAAGUCGCAAAGGCGGGUCUCCCUGCAGUCAGGCGCCACCUCGUCCGGUAUGCCGAGCUUGCACGAAAUGGGAGCGGACGCGCACGCCGCAGACACCCCACCUGCCGGCGAUACGAUAGUCGAAGAGGGCACCGCAGCCGUUACAUGGGUGAGCGGAAGAGGGUCGGACGCCCCCUCUCACCUGGUCAACAAGGACUGCCAGGGCGAACGGAAACACGGACUAGGAGACGUCUACGCGGAUGGUUCGGAGGAAGACGAGGAUGAGGCCACCACUCUGCUGGGAUCUCACCAUGGGAAGGAGCAGUUAGGACUGUCAGUGUUCGACUUCUUCAAGCUUGUGACGCUAGCGUCGGCCCUCUACAAGGCCAUCAUUACUUGGGCCGCCUCUUACGACCGGGACACGGGACACAUCUGCCCAUCAGACGUCAUCUGCGCCACGACGCUGCCCGAGAAGGUUAUGUUGACCGGGUCCCGUUUCCUUGCGGGCCUCCUGUACGCUAGCCUGUCGGUGUCCGUCGUCUCCAAGUGCUACGCGUCGCGAGCGUACCUCCACCACUCUUGGCUUGGCACCGUGCUCGACUUCGAGCCCGCCCACGAUCUGCACACGUACUUCGGCUUUCUGACCCUCGUGGCCGGCUGGGCGCACGGGGUGCUUCAUCUCGCCCGGGUAAGCUACGCGGGUGAGAAGUUUCUCAUGUACGAAACGCACGCCUUCCGAUCGGGAAUAUUUGCCAUACUGGUGCUGCUGCCCAUCGUGCUACCCAUGAGGUUCAGCUUCUUCCGGAAUAAGAUGACGUUCCAGAUCCGCAAGAGGAUGCACAUGCUCUUCCUCGCCAUGCUGGUGGCGCUCUGCUUCCACAGUGUCGUCUUUCGAUACGUUGCGUCCAUCCUGCUCUUGUGGUACCUGAUCGAUAACUUCUACUUCAUCACCAAGCAGACAUUUUUGGUGUCUCACCCCACCUACGAGGCCAUCGGGAGGGGCACGAUGGUUGGUAUCGACCUUCCAGAAGGGUACACCUUCAAGGCAGGUUCGUACAUCUACGUGAACUGCCCCGCCAUCGACCGCGCAGAGUGGCACCCUUUCUCCCUCAUCCCCGUCCCCGGUGUCGCGUCAAGGGCGGCGUUUUACGCGGAGGCGGUUGGCGACUGGACGAAAGAUCUUUUCCGCCUCGGGCUAGCGAACCCCUCCCAACCUCUGUGGAUCACCGCGGCGCAGCCUAGCCUCAUCGAGACGACUCUAUUUUACGACAACGUGCUGCUCAUCUGCACCGGAGCGGGCAUCACCCCGGCCGUCGCCGUCGCCGACAGGUUCGCGACGAAAAAGAACAUUCACCUGAUGUGGAUCGCGAGGGACCACGGCAUGAUGGCGCUCUUCGAGAAGCAGCUGAGGAUGGUGACCAGCACGGUGCAUCUCACCGGCAACCCCGACGAAGAGAUCAAGCAUGCCAUGUCCAAGCUCCUCUCCCGCUCUACGAACAAGUUUUGCACCAAGAAGGGGAAGUGGGUCGGGGAUGCCGAGGCGGGGGAACUACUGACGCAUACGUCUCUGCACAAGCUGACGCACUCGUCGGUGCACAGGCACGGCGACAGCCUCCAGUCCGUGAUCGCCCGUGCGAGGCAACACUCACAAGGCACCAUGCUCAGCGACAUCGAAGACGACAGGACGAGGGAAGACACCACAGGCUGGGGAGAGCACGGUGACAUGCCCCCCCCCGUGGCCCACGAUGUCACCCUCAACUUCGGUCGACCCGACAUCGCCAAGUUUAUCCUGGACGCCCUGAACGCUACUCCAUCGGCGACCCUUACCUCGGGCAUCGGCUUGUCUGGGACCGGAGCGACUACGGGAAUAGGAGCGGCGGGGACGUCUUCCAGGUCCAGCGGAAACACCGCAAACGCGGCCACCAAGAGGAUGGACAGCCAGGUGACCGAGCACCUGGAUGCAUCCCAGAAGAAAUCGAGGACCGUACUCAUCAGGGCCAGCACCAGCACCGUGGAGAACAUCAAGAAGCAAUCUCGCGACUCGGAUAACGCCGCCUCUCGCAAAGGACGGAAGGCCCCCAACUACAAGCCCAAGUCGUUCCCGUGGAUAGUCAUCUACUGCGGUGCCAACGCCAGGGUGGAAGAGGUGAUCGCCUCGACGUGCGACGAGCUGAACGUCACUUGGCGCAAGGAGUACUUCGGGGGCUGGUGAAGGGCUUCGUGGCACAGCUCGACGGAGAGAAAAAGACAGCAGCAGGCUGCCCUUGGCCAAGCUACUGCCUUGUUGUGGCGGAGAUGAAACCUGCUGGCUCGGAGGAUCGCGACACGCGCGGCACAAGGCCUUGCAGUGAGGAUUCGACAGCGGUCUAUGACUCCAGCAAGCACCAAACUGGAGCAUCAAUAGCAGCUGUUGACUGUCGUCGUGGCACCGAAGACGAUGUUCCGGAAUUCCAUUAAUCGGCGGUGACGUUAUCGGCCACGUGCGAAGCGAGACCAGAAAUAUCGACACCCAACGAGCGAAGUGCAGUAGCUGCUUGUCUGGUUUUUGCCGUGCGAUGAGUGCACGUUAGAGCCAAGCAUAGCAGUAUUUUAUGUCUUCUGUGGAUUGAAAGGACAGGGUCAACUUAGUAAACGAGAUAAAUAUUUUGCGUGGAUCAACAGGAAUGUACGCACGCCCUCGGUGUUGCUCCUGCCGCCCUUGGCACCGCUGUCAGUUGAACCCGAGCAUGUCUGCUUUGCGGGCUUUCUUUGCGUUACGGGUUAUUACGAGUAAUGAUGAGUAAUGGCGGCCGACAAGCAACCACCAUCAUCGUAAGUCG